CCGUCUUACUUCCCUCUACAGUGGGAGAGCACCGGGGAUCAAUGAUGGUGCGCGUCGCCGAUUGAUUGGGCGGCCUCCAAUGGCCAUUACGACCUGGUCAUUGAACUCCUCCAUCUCGACGCCAAUCUCCUCAUCAAGCUCACUUCCCUCCGCCGUAUCCGCCGCCUCGAAACGGUGUGGGACGACGUCGCCAAAUGCCGCUCUUUAGUCGCCAAAAGGCUUCUUCAUGAGUGCGAGACCAAGAAAGGCACCAAUACCUUGAUAAGAGCCGGCUACGGAGGCUGAUUUUUGGCACCGCCGCCUCGUCCGGUGACAUGGAUUUCGUCAAGCAACUGUUGGAGAGAGACCCUUUCCUUGUAUUCGGAGAAGGAGAGUAUGGGGUCACCGAUAUAUUUUAUGCAGCAGCCCGGAGCAGAAACGCCGAGCUCUUUACGAUGCUGCUCGAUUUCGCGGUGUCGUCGAGGGACAAAGAGGAUGAAUUGAGUGAAACUCGGUCGGUUUUUAAGUGGGAAAUGAUGAACAGAGCGGUUCACGCGGCGGCUAGAGGUGGCAGUUUGGAGAUUUUAAGGAAGAUUCUUGGGGAUUCCGAUGAUGUUUUGGCCUAUAGAGAUGUGCAGGGUUCUACUAUUUUGCAUACUGCUUCCGGUAGAGGACAGGUUGAGGUAGUGAAGGAUCUAGUAGCAUCGUAUGAGAUCAUAACCCCUACGGACAAUCAAGGGAACACGACUCUGCAUGUGGCGGCUUAUCGCGGUUAUUUAAAGGUCGUCGAGUUUCUUAUUCAAGCGUCUCCGAGUUUGGCCUCUGCGCAGAACGAUUACGGACAUACUUUUCUUCAUAUGGCUGUUGCCGGUUUUAGAACCCCGGGAUUUCGAAGAAUCGACCGGCAGAUCGAGUUAAUGAAACGAUUAGUAUGCGACGAGGCUGUCGACAUUCGGGAUAUCAUCAAUGUGAGGAACUCGGAUGGAAGAACUGUAUUGCAUAUGGCUUUAACCGAGAAUGUUCAGUCGAGUCUGGUGGAACUACUCAUGUCCGUGCCGUAUAUCGACGUCAAUGUCCGCGAUGCUGAUGGCUUGACUCCAUUAGAUCUCCUCAAGAGAAGGCCUAAUUCCGCAUCCUCGGAAAUUUUAAUCAAAGAACUAAUUGCAGCUGGAGGAAUCUCUAACUGUCAAGACAAUGUAGUGAGAAGUGCCAUAUUUUCUCAUCUGAAAGAGCACGGUGUCCGUGCCAGUCCCGGAACGUCGUUUAGAGUCCCCGAUGCAGAAAUAUUCUUGUACACCGGGUUCGAGAAUGCAUACGGUGCAGGUUGCGAUCGAGAAAGCGUGGGACAUAGUUCAUGCCUGAGUGAACUAAGUGACUUGAAACUAAGUAAUUCCUUCGAUAAUAAGAAGUCGAGCUCCAUAAAUCAUACGGCGAGACGCCUGAAGAAUCUUCUCCAUUGGCCUAGGAAGAAGGUUAGAAAAGCUGCUAGCAUGGAAUCGGUGGACGACGAUGACCCUUUGGAGGUCAUAAGUACUAGUAGAAACUCGCCAGUCAAUCAUAUUCCGCUUCGUGAAAAGUACACGAAAUCUUCAUCUCUUCUGAGCAAUAAGACGAUAUUUUCACUACCAAGUGAUCUUCCGAGCCGAUCCAGCAGGAAGAUAUUCACUGCAGGGCUAACUCACGGAGUGAUCCAGGCAGUAACCCCUUUAAAAUCACCUCCGAGCCCUUUCUCGGUAUCUUCUACCGAUGAACAAAAGAGCAUCCAGGACGCUCGACUUAAACAGUUGUUCAACGGUAAAAAGACACGAAUGAUCCCGAAGCAAACUUCGGUCGACAAGAGGCUGAUGAACCAGUAUUUCUGUUUCGGAACAGAAGGCCUGGUGACCAUCGAAGAUAAUCGAACCCACACACGGCUGGAUAGCAGCAUCAAGAGUGCCACUUCUUUAGUUGCUUGACACAAUGUACAUCAAUAAACAUGCCUAGUUGUAUAAUAUGUUCAAAUUUGUU